AUGGUCUGCAAAGCUGCUUUGCUACAGAAUCCACAGCGUGCGUUGGCCGUCAGAGUUAUAAGGCGGUAUCGCACGAUGUCAGGGGAAGCGGCGACACUCCUCGCACAGACGCUGCCCUGGAAAUUUGAGGCUAGAACAUUAGCACUGCUCUACGCGUGGCGAAGAAAAGAUGAAACCCAGAGCAACGAGCUAUCUUUGAGGGAAAGCAGGGAGGAGUUGCGAAUGGCGGCACUGACAGACUGGUUCUAUAGCCUACAGAGUCCCAUCGCUGGGGCUGAACUCAUAGCUGCCAUCCGCCCCGUCUUCUGA